UUCUCGUGAUCUUCUUAAUUUUUAGUUACGGUGUUGUCCUCCCAGCUUAUUGCUCUUAUAAAGCCUUGAAUUCCGAUAAUGAGAGAGAUAUAAGGAAAUGGCUCUCUUAUUGGAUCGUAUUUAUGCUCUUUAUCGAGAUCCGAGGGUUUACAGAUAUUUUUAUCGGUAUGUGGCUUCCUUUCUACGACGAGUUAGUAGUGCUCAUUCUGGUUUGGAUAGCUUCUCCUUAUAACACCAGCAGUAAAUUCCUCUACGAAACUUACCUGGAACCACUUAUAAAAAAAUAUGAGCAACAAAUUGAUGCUUUCUUUGGUAAAAUCAUGAACGAAAUAAUGCAGUUUUUUAUUCGGGUUGUUACUGAUACACUGAUUUAUAUCACCUCCAAGAUUAUGUUGAUUUUCAAGGAAAAGGGAGAAGUCAUUAUGAAUUGCACUGAUUUCUCGAGCGAUUUUGGACCUGAUCACCACGAGAAAGGUUCAAAAUAUUAUAAUAAAGAGGAAAGAGUUAAUAAGGUUAGAAAAACCAAGGUCAGUGGGAAAGAGCAGAUAACUGAACCUACAGGUAUGGAUGACUCAUUUAAUAAAGUAUGCCGAAUGGACACUGCUCUACAUGGAAAAGUAUGCAAGUACAAUAAAUCAUAUAAGAAAUUAAUGUUAGCGAGUAACAAGCCACGUGGCAAAGCUCAUCCAUAUAUGUGAUAUAAAUUAUCUCAGGUGGUUCGAAAUUAUCACAUUAAAAAGCAUGUGAGGAAUGAUAAAUAACGAUGUGUAAUAAAAUUUUAGAGACAUGAUAUAGUCAAAAUUAAAUAAUAAGUUUCCAUGGUUCCAUUCUAGGUGUUUCCGAAGUGAAAGUUUAA